CCACAAUCAGACAUGGGGAAGUUAAAGUCGUUCGUGAUCACUUUCGACAACAACAAGGACGUGUACCAGGCUGGAGAGAUCGUCAGUGGAAAGCUGAUUGCUGACGUCACAGAAGGGAUAAAAGCAAGAGCUGUUCGUGCCAGGCUCCAUGGUUUUGCUUACGUGCACUGGACUGAGUCCCAUGGUACAGGAGAACAUCAAAGGACAGAACACUACUCAGCUGAAGGAACGUAUUUCGACCAAACGCUCACCGUCUGGGGAAAAGAUUUGGGGGACAAGACUGGAGAAAACCCAACCCUUCCCGCGGGAUACCACGAGUUCCCAUUCCAGUACCAGUUAGGCAAGAAGUUGCCUUCAUCGUUUGAGGGUGGCAUCGGCUACGUACGCUACUACAUCAAGGGAAUCAUUGACAGGCCAUGGCGCUUCAACCACACCACAAAAUGUGCCUUCACCGUUUUGGACAUGUACGAUCUCAAUAAAGAAAACAGUGCUAUGGUAAGUUGUUUCUCAUCAUUGUUACCUUCACCAAGAAGAUUAUGUUUUAAAAUUGCUACUUUCUCCGCCUACUAUACUACUCAGAUGCAGUCAAGAAAUCAGAACUCCAAGACUCUGUGCUGCCUGUGCUGCGCAUCAGGACCGAUAGAACUCCAGGCACAGACAGACAGAGGUGGGUACUGUCCUGGUGAGACGGUCCUUGUAAAGGGAUCGCUGGAAAACAACAGCAAUACAAGGAUCACCAAGACAUCAGCUAGGAUUAUGCAGACCGUGACCUUCUAUGCCAGCGGAAGGUCAACAUCCAGGCUACACACUUUGAGUUCUGCUGUAGGGCUGGGCUGUAGAGGUCGUACAUCCGGGAACAUCGGAGAACUGGUUCUUCCAAUCCCUGCCGCUCCCCCCUCCGGGCUGAGAUAUUGCUCCAUCAUUAACAUCACUUAUGUUGCUCAGGUCAGAGCUCACAUUAGUGGACCACACAUGCAUCUUGAAGUUUACCUCCCCAUUAAAAUCGGCUCUAUUCCGCUGACGACGCCUUAUGGUGGCUUCCUGUCAUCAGAGUACGGCCCGGCAAUACCAGGCGUGCCAGACAAUCUAGGAGCAGUAGCAGCACCUCUACCCCCUCCACCCACCUAUGCAGCAGUGACAGGGGGUGGUGCCAACAUACGGGACAGCAGUGACAGUAAAUACACCAGGGGACAACUCACCUUCGCACCCCAGUACAUGUACUACGACUGGAGCCAACAUCCUCAAAAGUGAAACGAUGAGCCC